AAAUGGGCGGAUCUUUGUGGGUAGACGCUAUCGACAGUAUGGCGGACGAUGGAGACAGUUCGAGUGGAGCAGUUGACACUAGUAGCGGGAAGGGGACUUCAGAGGAGUCGGACGUGUUCAGUCUUGGCGGGAUGUUGUUAAAUGUAUGUAUUUUAGUUUUAGUGGCUGCGAUCUGCUAUGUUAUUUAUCGGCGAUGGGGUAAACGGAUUGGUGCUGACGCGGCCCAUGGAAGCGAGGCCUCGUCUCUUCCAAAGAUGAGAAGACGUGAUUUCACUUUGGAGCAGCUGAGGGAAUACGAUGGACUUCAAAACCCCCGGAUUAUGAUGGCAGUUAAUAUGAAAGUAUUCGAUGUUACCUCCGGCAAAAAGUUUUAUGGUCGAGACGGUCCAUACGGUAUCUUUGCGGGCCGGGAUGCAUCGAGGGGUCUGGCAACAUUCUGUCUGGAGAAAGAUGCCUUGAGGGACGAGUAUGAUGACCUGUCAGACCUCAACGCAGUUCAGAUGGAGUCGGUUAGAGAAUGGGAAAUGCAGUUCAAUGAAAAGUAUGAUUAUGUUGGCCGGCUGUUGAAGCCUGGGGACGAGCCUUCAGAGUACACAGAUGAAGAGGACAUCAAAGACCACCUGAAACACGAAUGAACUGUUGGCCUGUUCUGUACAAACCACCAACCAAAGCCAGGACCCAAACUGCUGCCAGUGCCCAUCUGUUCUUCCACAGCCCUUGUUCUCCUCCUUGCCCUCCUCCUCGCCCUUUUUCCUCUUCCUGUUUUCCUUCUCCUUUCCUCUUCCCCUGUUCUCCUCUUCUUCGCCCUCCCAUUCUUCCUCCUUGCCCCCUCUUCCUCAACCCUCUUCACUCCCCAACCCCCCUUCCCAGUCCUCGGAUUGGAUGGCCACAUUGCCUGAUUUUCCUCUUAUUGGAUGUUCCAGUCCUCGGAUUGGAUGGCUGUCCUGGAUGGGCGGGCCCUGGACAUGACUCUUCCCCCUUUACCAUACAGAUUAGCGCCAACAGAAACCAAUUAUGACAGACUGUUCAAAGGGGAUUUUAAUGACAUUAAAUUGUCUUGGUUUUGUGCAGUUAGUAUAUUUCAAAAAGGAAACAAAACAUUUUAUUGAAUUUUCCUUGGGAUGCCACGGUUAUAUUAAUGUGAAUGGAAGCGAAGUAGAUGACAUGGAGCGGUGAGGGUGCAGGAAUGAGGCUGUGAUGGUCAAAGAAGACUGGGUCGGACGAGACAACUUUAUAGUUUGGUUUAUUCUCAUCCCUCACCUCACGAAUACACACAGCUUUAGCGUUAGAUUUAAAGCUCAUCAAUCAGUUAAUCGAUUGCCCGCGGGACUUAGUUUUCCUUGCCCCACCCUUAAUUGCGACGGCAAUGCUGUGGUUUUGGCUGAACCAAAGGAAAUGGAUGGGGAGUUAGCUUACCGUGUCGGUAGUCUGUGCACUACUAGGCUCUGUCUGUCACCAUGUGAUUGUAUUUGUUGGGGGUACUAGUGGG